AUGGCAACUCCUCGGGUGUCUCCUCCUUGGACCAAUGAGUCCGCCGGUCCAACUGACGCUCCUGGGACCUCACAAUCACCUCAGCUAGCGAUGCUCGACUUAUUCUUUCCGGGAUUCUCUGUCCUUGUCGGCGCGGUACAGAAUCGACGCGCCUUAAUACUUGUAUGGAACUACAUAAGUUCAUAUUUGUGGGAGCAAGUUGAAUCUCAUCUUUUGUCUGUCGUCGACAUCCGAACCAAUGACGAGAUCUACAGUAUCUUUAUGGCCUGGGUGGCCAAGCAGAGAUUCUCGCGGAGUACCCGGCGAUUCGUAGUGAACACCAACUUCAACUCCCGAAACUGGUUUUUGUGGUACGAUUACGAAGAUGAGGAGGAUGAAGAAGAUAUCGAUGAAGUAAUAAAUGCAGGAAAGAAGAAGGGCUUAGCAUACACGCCUUCCUUUGGUAACCACUACUUCUGGUAUCGCGGCCGCCUCCUCCUGUUCCGCAGGACAGAAAACAGAGAGCGGAACUCUUUCAUGCCUGUUAGCGAACGUGAGGAGAUAUCGAUCUCAUGCUUUGGUCGAAACCCCUGGAUUCUAAAAGACCUUCUCCUGGAGGCUCGCCAACUAUACCUGCAGAAGGAUGAGCGAAAGACCCAGAUCUACCGCGGAACGCUUAAGCCAGGAUCUACCGCGCCAACCUGGCAGAGGUGUAUGUCUCGUGCUUCUCGUCCCUUUUCGACAGUGAUCCUGAACGAAAGGACGAAGCAAAACCUUAUUGAUGAUGUUACCGACUAUCUCCAUCCCGCAACGCAGCGUUGGUACGCAAAUAGAGGCAUCCCAUACCGCCGUGGCUACUUGCUGUACGGUCCUCCUGGCACGGGAAAGAGCUCGCUCAGCCUCGCCCUAGCCGGCUUUUUCAAGAUGAGGAUUUACAUCGUUAGUCUAAGCUCUAUCACAUCAAACGAGGAGAGUCUCGCGUCUCUGUUUGCUGAGCUUCCUCGUCGCUGUGUGGUGCUCCUCGAGGAUAUCGAUACAGCAGGUCUUACCCAUACUCGCGAUGAAAACCAGAACCAGUCUAGGGACGAUUCGGAAAAUAUGGUCCCCGGUCAACUUACUACGGGAAAUACAAACAAUAGCAAUGGUAGACUCUCCUUAUCGGGACUACUCAACAUCCUGGAUGGUGUGGCGUCUCAGGAAGGCCGCGUGUUGAUUAUGACUACCAACCACCUCGAAAAGUUGGAUAAGGCAUUAAUCCGCCCUGGACGUGUUGACAUGAUCGUGAAAUUUGGUUUAGCAGACGAAGGAAUGACUUCGGCCAUUUUCCGCGCCAUCUUUGCACGUCUAGAUGAGAAACAAGAGGCAGAGAAGGCUAAGAAGCGAGCGAUUGAUGAUGCUCGUGUGAAUACCCUAGCAGAAGAAUUUUCCGCCAAAAUGCCGUCACACGAAUUCAGUCCAGCAGAAAUUCAAGGGUAUUUGAUGAAGUACAAGCGUGACGCUGAAGAGGCUGUUGCAAACAUAGACGAAUUCAUCACGCAGACUCGGAAAGAUCGCAAAGAGAAGGAAUCAAGGGAAGCCGAGGAGAAGCGGAAAGCCGAAGCGAAGGCGAAGGCGAAGGGAGAAAAAGAGAAGAAAGAGAAAGAAAAGAAGGAGGAGGAGGCAGAGGAUGCGAAAAAAGAAGAAGGAAAGUGA